UCGAUCCACACCGUGACAGAUUAACCACGGCCACUAGGUACAGUCACAACCUCAGCGCCUGGCCGGGAGAACUGCACCAUGUUCGGAGAGACCUCCCGCUGCAGUACCGUUCAGUCUCCGGUACACUGAGCAGUGUACAGGGUUUAAUGUGUUGACAGUGUGACGCAGAAUGGAGGAUGGCGUGUACUAUGCCCUAUCCGUCUGCCUACUCAGUAUUACCAUGUGUAUAUCCACCAUUGGUACUCAGGAUACAACCCCCAAGGACAAGCUCUUCCCAAGCCCGGUAGAGACACCUCCGCCGCCAUUAACCAUUGAAUCGGAAGUGAUCGGGCCUUUCCGGAUUUGGCACAUCGUCGGGAUUUGUGCGGCCGGUGUUCUUAUCAUAGUGAUUAUCGUAUGCUGCUGCGUGGACGUGCGAAUCCCUCGCUCAAAGGAAGCAAUAGAGGAAGGCUACCAGAGACGGAUCCUGAACAAAAAAUACACCAAGGAGAUGUCCAAUCCAUUUUCUCCAGAACCCGAUCGAUCACCCCCUAAACCUCCGCCGAAACGCCUUCCAAACCGAAUCCCUGCCACUAACCCGUCAUUCACCCCUGAUGACGCAGACAUCAUAUACGCCAGCGAACCUCCGCGGAAAUCCAGACCCGUUCAUCAUGGCAAAUCCUCGCGAACCGCUGGUUAUCGCCAAGACAACGAGCAUGCGACCUCCAAUGGUCACGUGUCGAGAAAUCCUCCCGCUCUCGCGGAACGCAAGGAUUAUCAAGCCCGGACGUUCGAGAGGGCGGCACGCGCGUUCUCCAGCAUUUCAGAUCAGAGAGAUCACCACCAAGCACAACAUCAGCAUAAUCAUCUUCAUCUUCAGCGGGAUCAUCAUCAGCACAGGCACGCCAAUGGAUCGGCGGCCCGUGAUAACUCUCAGAACGUUCAAAGAGAACGCCUGGCCCACCAGUCGUCACGUGCACAGCAGCAUGAGGCGUUCGCGAAGAAACAGCGGCACGUCAGGAAUCAGCCUGUGAUUCAGGGGUACGAUCUCGAGGACCAGAUUUCCAACAGAGCACCGGCAGAGUUUUCCAGAGCAAAGAGACUUGGGGUUCAGACCCCUCUGGCUAACCACCCUUCAGCAGUUCUGGGACCCAAAAGAACGUCCAGAGAAGAAAUCCAACAAAACCCCGAGACAAAUUUUAAAGGCAAAGAAAACACUAAAAUGAAGUAA